UUAUCAUGCGGCUUCCUCACACUGCUCUGUUGAAUGAAUAUCAGCACCAUGUUUUCAAGUACUAUUUUAAGCUGGUGUGACAGUAAGAUUGUUUUGCUGUUUCUUUUUGUCUUGCUGCUCCUCAUAAGCUCACGGAGGAAAAGAAUCCGGAUUAACUUUCCUCCUGGUCCAUGGGUUAUUCCCCUCCUCCAAGACGUCUUGACUGGCUUUGAUCAUCACGCUGCAGAUAAGGCUGCUAAGAAGUAUGGAAACAUUUUCAGCGUUUGGAGAGGAUGUGUGAAAAUAGUCUAUGUGUCAGGAUUUCAAAUGGUACAUGAAGUGUUGGUCACACAAGGAGACAAUUUCCUGGAUCGUCCAGUAUCUCCUCUAUAUAAUGAGGCAUUCAAAGGCAAUGGGAUUUCUGUCAGCAAUGGAUACAGAUGGAGAAGGCAGCGGCACUUUUCAGUGAGCCACAUGAAAAGCAUUGGCAAUGGCGGAAGAACCAUGGAGCUGAACAUCCUGAAGGAAUGUGCACUUCUGUGUGGAGCAAUCCAAGAAGAGCAAGGGGGUGCCUUCGAUCCUCACAUGAAAAUUAACCAUGCGGUGGCGAACGUCAUCGGAUUUUUAAUAUUUGGGAAAUGCUUCAGCAGCAAUUCCCCUGACUUCCAGGCACUUCUCAACCUCAGUGCAGAAUCUGUUUCACUCGUGCAUACACCUCUUGCUCAGCUUUAUGAUAUGUGUCCAUGGAUCAUGAGGCGACUGCCAGGACCACAUGAGAUCAUCCUGAGCAACUACUCAAAGCUCGCAUACUUUGUAAGGAAGCAAAUUGAGAUCCACAAGAAAGACUGGGAUCCCUUUUACCACAGAGACUUUGUUGACUCUUACAUAGGGGAGAUCGAUAAGAGAAGGAAGGAUACAGAGGCUGGUUUCAGAGUGGAGAACCUAGCCUACUGCACGCUGGACAUGUUUGAAGCCGGUACUGAGACUGUGACCAGCACACUGCGAUGGGCCCUCCUCAACAUGAUUAAGUACCCAGUCAUCCAAGAGGAAGUCCACAGUGAGAUUGAGCGGGUGGUGGGGCGCUCUCGCCCGCCAUGUCUGGCUGACCGGGUCUACAUGCCCUACACUAACGCAGUGCUGCACGAGACCCAGCGACUUGGCAACAUCCUGCCCAUGAACACACCCCGUGUGGCACGCAGAGACACAACGCUCGGAGGAUACCUCAUACCUCAGGGGACCAUGGUCAUAACCAGUCUGUCGUCAGUGCUCCAUGACAAGUCAGAGUGGGAGACGCCUCUCCAGUUUAACCCAUACCACUUCCUGGACAGCCAGGGUUCGUUUAGGAAAAGGGAGGCCUUCUUUGCUUUCUCAGCAGGGAAGAGGAUGUGCCUGGGAGAACAUCUAGCCCAGAUGGAGCUCUUCCUCUUCUUCACCUCCCUCCUCCAGCGCUUCUCCUUCUCCUCUCCACCGGGGCCGGAGCUCAGUCUAGAGGCCCAGGGCACCGCCGUCAUGGCCCCCAGGCCCUUCAAAGUGCACGCCUCACCUCGCUGAGAUGAAGCCAUGUGGCUGUCUGUGGCCCAAACAGGAAGCUAGCCACUUGCUGACUUGCCACUUGUUUGACUUCACUCUCUGCGCUGUACAUCUUGUGGUAUUGUUUCAGCACUUAGAGAGACUUAGACCAACAACUAUGAACUGAACCAUUUUAUCAAUAGGCAGACAAAUUCCUCGGGCCCCACCAAAACAAUCCACUGUAAGAAGCCCCAACAAACAGCCCCACCAUGGCAAAAAUAAUUCAAGAGGGCCCUGUGACUAUAGUUUGCCAAGGGCUGCCAAAUGGUUAGAACCAUCACUGACUCUGUAUGAGUGUUAAAUUAGAGUCUCUAAGUGUUGAAUUAACACUGCUAAACUUUACUACGGAACAAGUCAAAACGCACAAUACGCAGGCAUCAAGGCUGUGGCACUCCCAGUCAUUGCUAACUUCUUCUUAACACCAAGGGCCAUCUUUGGUUGCGCACAACCAAAAAGGGUUAAAGCUGUUUCUGCAAUGUUAGUUUGUACUGUUUAUGCUCUAUGUAAAUACAUAAUUUCUUAAAUACUGCAACGAGCUUGUUGUGCAAUAGUUCACUCCACUGAAUGUUUAGUAUGCAUCUAUGUAUAAGUAAUAAACUUGAAACAGUUGAGGGAUUUGUUUGCUUAUCUGCCUCUGUUGAAUGAAUGCUCUGUGAGAGGUAGACCUUCACUGCUGCUAAGAAAAGUUAAUAA